AUGGCGCUCGCUACCCUAGGUCACUGGUUCACAUUGAUGUUUGGUACGCACCCCGCAUUCCGUACACGCGCCAACGACCUGGCCUGGCAUAUCCUCGAAAAAACAGGCUCAAAAGAAACACAAAUCUCAUCAUCAUCUCCCUCUUCCGAAUCAUGCGGAUCCGUAAUCGUGAAACCCACAUAUUCAGCUGCUUCGGCGAUGUACAUAAUCUUUGGCCAUUGGCGCUCGUCAUCGUCUCCCUUCACAAUCAUUCGUACGCAAGGCAUCAUCCUCUAUUUCAUCGUGUUUCUCAGUGGUGUCGUUCCGUUUAUGUUUUCGCGGCUGAACCUUAAUUCAUCAGGUUAUGCGGUGAUUCCAACAUUUACUACACCUCCCACAUGCCAUAGAACUCCCGUGAGAGGUCCGCUAGAAGGUUCCCAGACGACAGUGGAGAAACUGAACCUGCCGAUCGCGACUCGUGUCGAUUUGUCUCAGGAAUUCGAACAUGGUGAUGCAGUUUUUUUAGUUUGGUUGAGGAGAUGA